UAUCAAUCGCGUCCCACAGACCCGUUCAUUAUCCGUACCUUAGCUGAGGUCGCAUUGAAACUACAUGUACUGCCACUUAACGCGAUCGCGUAAAAUCGUCGAUUUAUUGAAACUUCAUCUACUAUCAAUGGUCAUCCAUUCAUCCUGUUCAAGCCUCCAUUCGUUGCUCCACACCAGGAACAAUGCCGCCCCCAUCAGCUCCAACACUUCCAGGAUAUGUCACGAUUCGUGAUAUCCUGGAUGGGAAAAUUGCAAAGGGGUCUUUAGUCAAUGUGUUCGGCGUUGUUCUUGAUUUUCGUGACGCUAUUGAAACAAGAAGCACAGAUUGGAAAUGUCAGGUUCGGCUUUUCGACUCAUCCGUAGAUGACGAUAGUUCAAUUGCCUUCAACAUCUUUCGUCCGAAAGAGAACUUGCCGAAUCCCGGCUGUGGCGAUGUAAUGCUCAUUCGUCAAGCAAGAGUACAAUCAUAUGCGGGUGAUGGUCCCUCCCUCUUAACCCAUUAUAGCACUAGGAUUUCACAAUACAAAGCCUCUAAAAUUCCCAGAAACCCUGGCGAAGCUUCAUGCGCUCUCUGUCCACCGAGUGCUCCCAAAGAUACACCACCAGGCGACAAGGAGAAUGCUUUCGUUUCUGCAACGUAUCAUAGCAUUGACAAGAGUCGAUUACCUAGUGAAGAAGUGUUUGAGACUAUGGUCGUUGCAUCACUGAACGUCAAAAGCAAGUUCAAGCUACUUCAGGAUGUUCAAGAGGGAUGUUUCUGUGACAUCGUCGCCCAGGUCCUUCGGCCACCCCACGAUGGCGGUGACAAGAUAACUUUGUGGGUUUCUGAUUAUACAGAGAACCCAGCUUUCCAUAACUUUUCCAUCGGCUUCGAUGAAUCUUCUAUUGGGCGAGAUGGUGAUCCAUUUGGCUAUACCGACAGGUUCACCACGGCUGCUAAGACAUCGGACUGGCCGGGCCCUUUUGGGAAGAGGUCCAUACAGAUCACAUGCUGGGAACCCCAUGUAACUGCAAUCCGUGACCAAGAUAUGGGAACUCUCGCAUGGGUUUUGAUCAAAAAUUUACAAAUCAAACUAGGUCACAGUGGUGUCAAUCUGGAGGGAUUCUUGAGAGAAGACCGUGACUCCCAUGGACCAAAGAUUGGUGUUCGUACGGUAGAUUCGAACCCCGACUCGGAGAAUUUCGAUCCGCGUGCAAAGGAGGCACUGCAAAGAAAAAGAGACUAUGAUCGCUUAAGAAAAGCGCAGUUUAAAGAAAUCAAGGAGGCUACCAGAGCCGGACAAAAGCGCAAGCAUGGCGUAGAGUCGAACUCGGAACCAAAGAAAGACAACGCUAAAUCUAGGCGCAAGGAAGCUCGAUCGAAAAGCAAAGCCAGCAAAGAAGGUGAGGGCAGAGAGCCUACAGAACAAGGUGCAGUCCCUUUCGUGGACCUGAACACUCGAGUGAAAUGCGAAAAUGAAGAUAAGCCGGCCAGUCUGAUUGCUGAAAUCACAAAACUUGUCCAGCACGAAACUACCGUCGAUGGUGGACUUUUAAAGCUUCCUCUGCCCUUUGUAAACUUGAACUACAGAGCAAACGUUCGAGUUGUCGACUUUUCACCAUCAAACCUUGCAGAUUUCGCCUAUCCAAAAAAGGAAUCAGAGUAUGAUGACCUUUCCGAUGACGGUGAAGAGUCGCUGUCCAACAGCGAAACUGAAGCUGAAGAUGGUAAGCCAAUCCAGAGAACGCUGGAUGAUUUCUCCAAGGUGCGAAACUGGGAGUGGCGUUUCUUCUUGGAGCUUGAAGACGCCGCAGUCACUGGGAAGCAUAAGAAGCAGAGACUUUGGGUGGCAGUGGACAACCAAUCUGCUCAAUUACUUACUGGACUCGAUGCAUGUAACCUAAGACGAGAUAAGCAGGCGCUGGUAACCCUCCGCGACAAGAUGUUUACACUAUGGGGAAAUUUGGAAGAGAGAAAGGCUGCUGCCCAAGAAGCAGCAAGAAAGGGAAAGCCCCCAGUUGACAGCGACGAUGAAGAUCAACAGCAGCCCGACAUCAAGAAUUCUGGCAAAGCGCAACUCACAAACCGGGCAUUUCCAUGUUGCGUAAAGCAAUACGGUAUCAAAGUUGCCGAGUCAGAACCGUCAAAAGCUAAUGCAGGGAAUGGGAAACGUUGGCAGAGAAUGUUCCAACUUUUUGGCGCCAGAAUUGUUGGAGAAUAGUUUGUAAAGACAAUCAGGUCUGGUUGCGAUAAUGAAGAUGAGUUGAGUGACGAUGGACCGUGUUUAUCAGGUCUAUGGAAAGAAAAGUCGGGUUCAGGUCUUGAUAUUGGGGCGUUCACUUGCAAGUUUGUCUCAGAUAGGAGUUAAAAGCGAUUGAACUGAGGCGAAGGUAUUCUGAUAUUGUAAUG